AUGAACGAAGAAGUGUCCACACCGUCUCCCGUAAAGGUUUACACCAACCCCACUUCACAUUUUUCAUCCAGUAUGGCGCCUUCUUCAACUUCAUCGACCAUCACACCCAUGAAGCAACGAAGUCGAGGUAUCAGCUUAAACAUAGCUGUAUCGCCCGCAUCGCCCCAGUUAAGCAACAGCAGCUUCAUGGGCCCCAAUAAUAGCAGUCAUAAUCACAACAAUAGUCAUAAUAGUCAUAAUAAUCAUAAUAGCAAUGGUAGUGGUACCACAGCCAACGGUUACCUGCAUCAUCGAAGGAAUAGUCUGGCCAAUACCCUUCCCCAGCUUUCCGAGUCUCCAUGGGAGGAGCUCAAGUAUGAUUUACCGCUACCAGAAACGGACUCAUUGAUGAAUAUGGACAUCGAUGAGCAAUUACGACUCUUGGCCCUAAAGGAAAUGAGUGUGGUGGAAAUAAAAGACCACAUUGGAACGCUACAGACUAAGUUGAAGAAGCAUGAGGGUGAAUUACAUAGACUUAGAGAAGUGAUACAGAGAACAUUAUACAAGGAAAUGGGUAGUAGCUCCAAUACCAGUAACAAUAUUAUCAAUACCACAAAUAACAAUACCACUAACAACAACGGACUGUCAGAACCACGAGAUGCUGCUGUCAGGUCGACAAAGAGACGAAGCAGGACAUUGUCUCUCACGGGUUCAACAAUAUCGGAAGAAAAUGAUCUAACGGAAGCGCCAAUUAGUAGAACCAAUUCUAUUCAAACACCAUCGAAGAAGAACAAUGUUGUGACUAAGCAACCGCCACAAACCAAGCCCGAUAGAUCAAGUAGUAUAUGGAGUAACCUUUCAAAGCCAUUAAAUCUAAUUCAGCAGUUCGACACUAUGCUUCAGAAUGAGUUCGAAAAGUCGUUGAUUCCACAAGAACACCAGAUUCCGAAGCAGAACCAGCACCCACACCAGGAAGACAAUACCAACCUCCCGAGACGCGACCACAAGUACAGCGAUAGCAAUGAGAGUGUUCGAACGUCUGAAGAUUCGACUUCAAGUGGUAUGACUGCAGCAUCUUCGCCACUUAAGGACAAGCACCCAGCUGUGUCCCAAGUCGGAUCAUCGUAUGAGGAGAAAAUCCAGACAGUUUCACUGUCCAUCUGGUCGUUUGUGAGCGAUGUAAGGACCAAUGUGAUGUCUUCGUUGGCUGACGAAGGCACUGAGGUCAUGUAUAAUAUAGACACAGGCUCCACCAUAAGCUUGAAUGAGACUCAGAAUGUUGAUACUCAUAUUAUAAAGGAGGCAGAAGUUGACAAGAUAAGAGAAUUCCGAGAUAAAGGGCUGUUGGUUGAACGCAAGCUCAAAACUAGUUGA